AUGGCAUUCACUCUGGAAAAUAAAGCUAUUUGCAAAACGAAUAAUUUAACUGUUGUGAUUAUGAUACUUUCUGCGCCGGAGCAUACGGAACACAGGAGAGCAAUUCGUGAAACAUGGGCAAAUUCUUCCCGAUCUUCAUCAAUGCCGGAAGUCCGGACUAUUUUUGUCAUUGGACGUUUGAAACAUUGGACAACGCAAUCGCUUAUUGAGAAGGAGUUUGCGGAUUAUGGGGAUAUUUUACAAGGCAAUUUUGAAGACAAUUACAAAAACCUUUCUUUGAAUAGUCUCUAUGGGUAUCAGUGGUUGAAUCAGAACUGCGCUAACGCCGAAUUCGUAAUAAAGUCCGACGAUGACAUUGUAAUAAAUUUUAACAAAUUGUUCCAUGCCAUUAAUAACAGACUUAUGUUUGUUAACAGGACCAGAGAGGUCGCCUGCUUUCGUGUGAGAUCUACAGUACAUAGAGAGAGACAUUCUAAAUAUUUUGUUGGCGAACAUGUUUUUAUGAAUGUAGAUUAUACUCCAGCAUAUUGCGAAGGAAAAUUUGUCUUGAUGACAAUGGACUUGAUACCUGAUUUGCUAGAAUCAGCUUUUUUAACACCAUUAUUUUGGCUAGAAGAUAUUUACUGGUACGGUUUAGUGAUGUCUAGUGUUCCAGAUAUAACAUACACUAGGAUUAUAUGGGGCGAGAAAAUUGAACCUAAAGCAGAAAAAGCAAUAGAAUGUUUGCAAAAAAGGGACAAUUGUAAGUUUUUCAUUACCUGGCCGAGAAAUGUAGCAGAAAUAAGAAAAAUAUAUACUCUUAUGGAAAAAGAUAAUUCUACAUAUACAGAGACGGACUUUAUAAAUGCUACAAUAGAGCAGGAGAUAUUUCUUGUUUCAUAA